AAGAUGGCGUGGUCAUGUGCUUAAGAGACCGGUAGUUAAAAGAGAUAAAAUGAUUAAUGUUAAUAAUAUAAGAAAAUAUUAAAAAAGAUCUAAAUUUUUUUAAUAAAAAUUAUAAAUAAAUAUUUAAGUAUUUUUAAACUCAACUAAACAUAUAACUUUUUAUUAAUCUCAAUAACGAUAAAAGAUUCAUAAUUCUAAAUAAUUGAGACUUACAAUUUUAUUGUUAUUAUGACAUUUGUCUUGAAAGGUGGGGUGCAAUGCAAUUAAUUCUCUUGCAAGUUUAGUCUUUUACGAGAGAAGCUAACUCAAACAUUUGUGGAAGAUGCAGGAUCAUAAUUGAUGGGUUAUGGUUUGCAAAAAGCAGCUCCCCCUGCUUUCCCUCUCCAACUUCCAUGAGAUCUUUCUUAUCAUAGUCUUCACUGAUUGAGAACUUACUAAAUUGUCACAGCAUCGCAGGGAACUUACUAAAUUAUGCAGAUCUUACAUGCAAUUUGGCUGGGUCUUGGCGUUGGUCGAGGAUCACAUGACAGCAUGUGUUGCAGGCUGACCCUCGUGGAUUAUCUUUUUCCCAGAGCAGAGAUUUCUCCAACUCAUCCAAUUUGUUUCUUCUGCCUACUCCAAUGAGGUUUCUUGGAUCUUGUUAGCUGUGUGCUGCACCAUUCAACUUGGACUUUGAAUGGAUUAGAUCCCGUACUGUUCUGCAAUAUUUUUGAGCUCAGACGUGAACUAGAAAGCUGAUGAGCCUCGCUGGCUUUGCUGUACUGGAGCAGCUGCAGAGCUGGAGCAGCGUAGGCCAACCUAUGACUUUGGACAUCUCCUGCGUACGGUUUAGAAUAUAAGCCUCGGAGGGCCAAGUCCGAUUACUGAUCAUACAGGCUGGCCACGGAAGAGGCAGUCCCAAGAGCAGCAGUCAUUGGAUUCUCCUCGAGUCCCAUGUGUUUCUUUUCUCCUCUUUCCAAUUAUUCCAACACUUGUUUCUUCGACUCCAUGCAAUCAUUUGGUCCUUUCAAGUCGAUUGUAUCUCAGCCUCAACAACAUGCAGUUUAUCAUCAGUUUGCAGAAAGAAAGCUUGCGGACACUCGAGUCUUGUGUCUUGGAUGCAAAGUUGGAUGCUUUAAUGUUGGUGUCGAGCGAGUUGGUGCUCACAUUCAUAAUCCUGGACUUGAGCUUUGAACAUAAUGAUGGUCAAUAGUAAAAAGGAAAAAGAAUUCUGGGAUAAAGAAUGUAAAGAAAAAGGUCUUCCUAGUUGUUCCUUGUAUCUCCAGUGAACUGAAGUGGCCUACUAAUACUUUAUGAAAUAGUCAAACAAACCAAGUUUGGCUUGUAAUGUCAGAGAGAUCAUAUGGUGCAAGUGGCUUUUGGAAAGUGCACUUAACAUAUAUGUUAUAGCCUCACCAUCUCCAAUAUCAUGCAGCUUCUUCCAGGAGACAGACUUGGAACAUCCUCCAGGGUUUCCGGUCUUUCCAGUGACCAGAGAGCAGCAUAGAGUGGAGCAGCAGCAAAGCAAAAAGACCUCACUCCUUCACAGUAGAGGAGGAAAACGAAUUAGAUACAUAGAUAGGGCACACAGGAGGCCAGCAAGUAGCAGGGUAUGGGGAGGGAGACUACUCCACUAACAAUAUGGCAACUUUCCAUAGCGCCCAUUCCCUCCCCUAAUCUUAACUCUGGUGGCGGUGAACCCACGUCGACCGGAGCAGCAGAAGCUCAUCCUUUUGUCCUUCCACAUGAGACCAUGGGGGAAUGGGAAAGAAAUCCCGUAAUUGAGAGAUCUCGUACCACCUCUCUCCAAUCCUCUGUGUCCACUGUGGUCAUCGUUGAUGGUAUCCGAUUAAAAGGUCCUGUCCCCUCACCCCUGUCCACUUCCUGCUGGUAAAUCUCCCACAUUUACAGCCACAGGCCCACGCUUGCUCCCUCCCCGCAUACGUUCUUCUCAGUCCUACUUGUAUACAGUAUGCACUCAGAUUGAGAGAUUUGGCAGGACUGGUACGUACAAUACAACAAACACAUGGUAGGCAGACCUUUGUUCCUUGCGCGCUCAUUCAAUUGUGUCAUGUGGGGUUUUGGGGCUCCCGUCUCUUCUUUGGGUUCUUUCGGUUGGUUUGUUCAUCCUUUCCGCCUUGGGGCCUCUUGCGGAUAGUCGAGUGAGUGAGCCUAAGCUGGGAGUGCUCGAUCGAGUGGAAUAUAUGUCACCAUCGACUACUACGAAUUUUCGACCGACGAUGUAGGAAUGGUAUAUGUCGGCUUGAGCUAUUCUUGUUUUCGCAAGGUUAUGGUCUGUGGAAACAGAUAGCAGUGGCAUUUUGUCCAUUAAUGGAUGGAUCACUGGUCGAUGGCCUGUCUUCCAAUUUAAUGUUACGUGGAUUCUGAGUAUCACACCGGUUGGGUUUUGUCAGUUUUAGUUGCCUGCAAUCAAUCACCUCAAAAACCAAUUUGGCAGUAUUAACAUGCAAGAUUUGUACAGUCACGUUACAGAGAAGCGUCGCAUCGGAUCUAGUGUCCCUGCCAGACAUAUAAGUAUUCUUUGGUGGAUCAGUGGACGGUUGAAUCACUGGAAAAUUUUUUUGAGUGUGGUUGGAAUAUAUUUUUCGAAUUGCUUCCGUUUUGGGACUCCCAUUUAAUGGAAUAGGUCAUGCAUUGGUGUCAAGUUGCAGCCGUAGUUGGAGGAGCUGCAGGAGGUCUUGCAUUCUUGGUGAUUGUCAUUGGGUUUCUGUGGUUUUAUUUUUUGCACUGUAGGACCCCUGCAAAUAAAAGUUCUGAGACUGGUUCUUCCGACCCAUCUACGCUGGUGGAAUGGAAUAGGAGAGAUCGGAUAUCAUCUUCAGGUUGUGGUCGGAGUGCUAGGCAAUUUACUUUAGAAGAGUUGGAAGAAGCUACUAAAAACUUUAGCGAAAGCAAUCUUGUUGGCACUGGUAGUUUCGGUUUGGUGUACAAAGGUUUGCUUCUUGACGGGACUCUUGUGGCAAUUAAAAGGCGUGUAAGUGUUCCGAGGCAGAAAUUUGUCGAAGAGGUUGAAAUUUUAUCAGAGAUCAGGCACCGCAACCUAGUUACUCUUAUUGGUUAUUGUGAGGAAGGUGGUUUGCAAAUGCUAGUUUUUGAAUACUUGCCUAAUGGAGGUGUCUCUCGUCACUUGUAUGAUGGGGAACAACAUUCACUCGCAAGGCUUGAAUUUAAACAAAGGCUUGCAAUAGCUAUUGGAGCAGCCAAAGGAUUAGCUCAUCUGCACAGUCUUGCACCUCCUUUGGUACAUAAAGACUUCAAAACAAAUAAUGUCUUGGUUGAUGAGAACUUUAUUGCAAAAGUAGCUGAUGCAGGUCUUCAUAAAUUAGUGCAAGGAAGUGGAGAAAUUGGGCCUCAAGGAAGUAGCAGUAUCUUCCAAGAUCCAGAGGUUGGAGAGUCAGGAGGAUUUUCUGAAGCCAGUGAUGUUUACAGCUUUGGUGUGUUUCUUCUAGAGUUCAUAAGUGGCAUGGAGGUGGCACAUUGCUUCUCUCUAGAUUCACACAGUUUCUUAGCCCAGUGGGUGGAAGCACAUGCAGGUUCAAAUGAUCUCAUCGAUCGCCGGCUUGGUAAUGCCUUUACCUCUGAGGGAAUGAAAGAGCUAAUUGCACUAACCCUUCGAUGCUUGAAUCCAUCUGGGAAUAACCGUCCAAAGAUGCGAGCGAUAGCUGUGGAGCUUGAUCAGAUUCUCGAGACCGAGAUGGCACUGACAACAGUCAUGGGUGAUGGUACUGCCAUAGUUACCCUCGGGAGCCAGUUAUUUACAUCGACAUGAAGAACGAAACAUCUGUUAUUUGAUCAUAACAAGUCCCAAGAACAUAGCUUUUUGUCCAGGGAACCACCACCAGAUUUGCCGCUUUUAAAGCUGCAGUACCAGAUUAAUUUUGAUGAUGGCAAAUGGGCACUCUUGGCUGUAAUGAUCAGUGGUGAAGUUCAACUUCUAUUACCUCUGAGGUGGCUUUGAUGAAGCACACCAUGACAACAAAUGAAGCUUCAUAUAUGAUUCAACUAAUUCUUGAAUUGUGUAAAAUGAUUCUGUGGAAGAGUCCAUUGAGGUGUUUGUUAUUCUACAUGUGGGGAGAGCUCCCCUUCCUCUUCUGCAAAGCCCAGUGUUUGUUAUCUCUUACUCCCAAAGUUGGGAGUUCUUUUUCAGGGAGCCUCAACAUUACUAUGCUAAAUAGGAGCGCUGUAAAGAGAACACACAAGUGGAAUUGCCACCUUGCAAUCAGACACUACAAUCUCGCCAUUUCAAUGACUCCA